AUGCGGCCCCUCUGGCUCUGCUGGGCGCUCUGGGCGCUGCCCCUGGCCGGCCCCGGGGCGGCCCUGACCGAGGAGCGGGUCCUGGGCCGCCUGCUGCGGCAGCUGCGCCUCAGCGAGGCUCCCGUCCUGGACGAGGCCGAUGUGGAGAGGCUGGUCAUCCCUGCCCACGUGAGGGCCCAGUACGUGGCCCUGCUGCAGCGCAGUCACGGGGCCCGCUCCCGGGGGAAGAGGUUCAGCCAGAACUUCCGAGAGGUGGCCGGCAGGUUCCUGGUGUCCGAGGUCUCCUCGCACCUGCUGGUGUUCCACAUGGAGCAGCGGCUGCCGCCCCACAGCGAGCUGGUGCAGGCCGUGCUGCGCCUCUUCCAGGAGCCGGUCCCCAAGGCCGCGUUCCGCAGCCACGAGCGGCUCUUCCCGCGCAGCGACCGCGCCCGGGUCACCGUCCAGUGGCUGCACGUCCGCGACGACGGUUCCAACCGCACCUCCCUCAUCGACUCCAGGCUGGUGUCCGUCCACGAGAGCGGCUGGAAGGCCUUGGACGUGACGGAUGCCGUGAACUUCUGGCAGCAGCUGCGCCGGCCCCGGCAGCCGCUGCUGCUGCAGGUGUCGGUGCAGCGGGAGCACCUGGGCCCGCUGGCCUCCAGUGCCCACAGGCUGGUCCGCUUCGCCUCGCAGGGGCCGUCGGGCACCGGGCAGCGGGAGCCCCAGCUAGAGCUGCACACCCUGGACCUCAGGGAUUACGGAGCUCAGGGAAACUGUGAUCCUAAGGCACCAGUGACCGAGGGCACCCGCUGCUGCCGCCGGGAGGUGUACAUUGACCUGCAGGGGAUGAAGUGGGCUGAGAACUGGGUCCUGGAGCCCCCAGGCUUCCUGGUCUAUGAGUGUGUGGGCACCUGCCAGCAGCCCCCAGAGCCCCUGACCUUCAAGUGGCCAUUUUUGGGGCCUCGACAGUGCAUCGCCUCAGAGACGACCUCGCUGCCCAUGAUUGUCAGCAUCCCGGAGGGAGGCAAGCCCAGGACCCAGGUGGUCAGCUUGCCCAACAUGAGGGUGCAGAAGUGCAGCUGUGCCUGGGACGGGGUGCCUGUACCAAGGAAGCUGGAGCCGUAG